AUGUAUGCUGCAUGUACACCCUAUGUCUUACUGAGGCUUAUAUCAAGAGCUUGGGAGAUAGCUGGCACACGGUAUGAGGAUACCAAGUUAGCAAAGAAAAGUGCAUCUAACUUGCUGUCUAAUGGAGAUGGUGUUAAGUCACUUGAAUUUUGGAAUUGCCGAACAAGUGGAGGGCCAAUGAGUAUUGCCUGGAUAAAUUUCUUCAAGAAGGCUCUGUUUUGCGGUAAGGAUGGAAAGACAUAUGGACGGGUUAUUGAUGAAUCAGUUCUGGCUGGAAUUUCAAAUUCUUUAUAUCCAUUAUAUUUUAUGGUGAGACAACUCAAUGAAGUAAUGCCAACUGAGCAGCCUUGUGAUUUAGCAUAUGAAUUUGGGGAUGGGCUCUUGGAUCUCCAUGACUAUCCACAAGGCUUUCCAAAAGCAGCAAAACAUCCAUGGCCUUUCAAUGAUCAGGUUGUCAUAUACAUUCGUCAUCUGGGACCAGGGGUAUUGGUGGGGCAAGCAUGGCAAGAAGGAGAAGCAUUGCAGCAAGUACCUAAAAAGUUAUGUGAUGAGAUCUUGAUGGUGAAGGAUUAUAACCUGUCAGGCGAACAUCAGUGA